AUGGACUCAAUGUCAAAGCUUCGAGCAAGAGUUGAAGACAGGAUCAGUGCAUUACCAGAUGCCAAAUUGACGACCAAUAUUACGAGGUUAAUUUUUCCGAGGCACGUUGAUAAUGUACUCUUCUCUCGUAACUCAUCAGACAUUCAAAAGUUCACUCUUUGCUGUAACUCUGUUGGGGAUUUCUCUCGUGUUGAUGGUUGGAUUCGUGCUGCCAUUAGGCGUAAUGAUGUUGAACUUGAUCUAGAUGUUGGGUCACCUAAAGAUGAGAUUUUUGAGUUGCCUCAAAGCCUUUUUUCGUGCAAAACACUGAUGGAUUUGACGCUGAUGUCAAAUUUUAUUAUCAAGCCUCCUACAUCAGGUUGUUUUCCAAGUCUCAAAUCCCUCCGUCUUGAUAUUAAUCAUCCACAAAAUAACUCAAUGGAGAAGCUUUUUUCUUGCUGCCCUGUACUUGAGAGUUUGUUUAUCACUGGAUCUCAUGGAAAUGAUCGCUUUUGGAAUUUCCUCUAUCGACCUCAACAGACUCAUCUUGGUGAUGCCGUUUUAAAUUUCAUUAUCUCGGCGCCUGAACUGAAGACGUUAAGAAUAUAUUGGAAUUCGCAAGAUGGUUAUAAGAAGUGCAGUUUUUUCAUUGCUGCUCCAAAGCUUGUAAGAUUUGACCUCAACCAGAAUGUUUUAACUGAUUGUUUUUUGGAGAAUGCAAAAUCCUUAGUCAAUGCUACUAUUGAUCUCUGGGAACAUUCUGCAAAUCAAGUUCAGCGCUUUGCCAUUCGCUCCACUGCGCUUCUGGCUGGAAUUUCCAAUGUUAAAUAUCUGUUUCUUAGAUCUCAUCGUUUGAAGUUUGACCCUAAACAGGAGCUCGAAAAGCUCCUGGCCGAAUUUCCUGCCUUUUUCUUCCAUAGGGUCCGGUGA